AUGUUGGUGGAUCGUCAAUUUCCUCCGCAGGGCCCAUCCACACGAACAUUUAUUUUAGAAUGGUUUGGCGGUGGAAGAAUUCUAGUAAAUGCUACAGAAGAAGAGAGGCGAGCAGCACUGGAAGAGGAUUCAGCUGCUUGGUUUUUCGGAUGUGCAUCAUUAACUUUUUUCCAGUUUGUCAUUUCGUUGCUCUCGGUUUUUUUAUUACAUUUAACUGCCGCAUUACAAGUUAUAAGAAUUCAGUCUUUAUUUUUCAAAUCCAUAGUUUGUCAAGAUAUGGCAUGGUACGAUACUUCUAUGGAGGGAAAUUUUGUAGGCAAAGCAACAAAUAAUUUGGAACAACUUCAAGUCGGAAUCGGAGGAAUAAUAUCAAUUUUCGUGUACCUGGUUGGAAUAUUCGGAUGUGGAACCCUGGUAGCAAUGAUAUUCGGAUGGGAAUUGACUCUCGGAAUAUUAGCAACAGCACCGAUUAUAAUAGCAACAGCAAUAUUUACCACCAAGAUUCAAAGUAAAUUGCAUGCUAAAGAAAUGAUAAGUCAGAGUGCAGCUGGAAAAGUUGCCGAAGAAGUUUUUUCAUCUGUUCGAACGGUUGUCGCAUAUGGCGGACAAAAAAAAGAAGUUGAAAGGUAUAAGAAUCAUUUAAAAAAGGUUGAAUCAUAUGGAAUAAAACGUGGAGUAAUGAAUGGAAUUAAUGGCGGUAUUUUAUGGUUCAUAAUAUAUUCCUCGUACGCCAUAGCUUUUGGAUACGGUAUGAGACUGUUUGAACUUUCUGAAAAAAAUGGUGAUGAAAAUUAUACUCCUGCAGUUUUACUUAUCGUAUUUUUUGGAAUUUUCAUCGGACUGACAAAUAUAGGUUUUGCUAUAACUCAUUUAGAAACAUUUUCACUCGCUCGAGGAGGUGCCACAUCAGUUUUUAAUAUAAUCAAAGCAAAACCUAAAAUAAAUCCGUGUUCUCCGGAAGGGAAAAUAUUGGAACAAUGUACAGGCGAAAUAGAAUUUAAAAACGUUUAUUUUACUUAUCCAGCGAGGAAAACGGUAAAAAUUUUCGAUGGAUUAAAUUUAAAAAUAAAAGCUGGAGAAACUGUUGCUAUCGUAGGAGAAUCUGGUACUGGAAAGUCAACCAUUAUACAAUUACUACAGAGAUUUUACGACCCGAUAUCAGGUGAUAUUUUUAUAGAUGGUGAAAAUUUAAAAUCAUUACGUGUAUCUUGGCUUCGAAGUCAACUGGGAGUUGUUGGUCAAGAACCUCUUUUAUUCGCAGCUACCAUCUACGAUAAUAUUUUAUACGGUAAUUCUUCAGCCAGGUACGAAGAGGUUGUAGAAGCCGCAAAAAAAGCCAACGCACACGAUUUCAUAAUAAAGGAAAUGGAAAAAUAUUAUAGUGUGGUUGGUCAAAGAGGUUCGACGUUAUCCGGAGGACAAAAGCAAAGGAUAGCAAUCGCGAGAGCUUUGGUAAGAAAUCCUGCUAUACUUUUAUUGGAUGAAGCAACUUCCGCUUUAGAUGCUGCAAGUGAAAAAUUAGUUCAAGGAGCUUUGGACAAAGCCGCACUCGGGCGAACAACAAUAAUAGUUACUCAUAAAUUAUCGACAAUAACUAAUGUUCGUAGAAUUGUAGUAUUGUCGAAUGGAGUCGUAGCUGAAGACGGUACUCAUGAAGAUUUGGUUAAAGCUAAAGGAAUUUAUUAUGAAUUAUUGAAAUCUCAAGAAGAAGUGGCAAAACAAAAGCCAAAAGAAAACGUUGAUUUUGUUCAUGAUCCAUCGGAUAUGGUAUUGUCUUCAAUAAUUCCUUCGACUCCGAGAAGUCAAUUUAAUUCUUUAACAAAUUUUGGUAAAAUCCCAAAGCGAAGAUUUGAUAGUUACGAUAAAGACAUGGUUUUUUAUAAGAAAACAAGUUUUUGGCAAAUUCUUCUUUGGAACAAAUCAGAAUGGCAUUAUUUAGGAGUUGGUUUUAUAGCGUCAUUCCUGGCUGGAUGUGCUCUACCAAUAGUUUGCCUUAUUUUUGGUGAUUUAUUCGGAUUGUUGUCAAUGGACGAUUUUAAUGAAAUAAUAUGGUGGGCUGAUUUUUACGCCAUACUUUUAUGUACAAUCGGCAUCGUUGCGGGGCUCAGUGUAUUUUUUCAAAUGUAUUGUCUCUCAGUGGCUGAAAUGCGUUUAACGUGCAGACUAAGAACAAAAGCAUUUGAAUCUAUGUUAAAGCAGGAAAUGGCAUGGUUUGAUGAUGAGAAAAAUAGAGUCGGUGCUUUAUGUUUAAGAUUGGCCCAAGACACGUCCCUUUUGCAAGGAGCAACUGGUACCCGACUCGGAGUCAUAAUUCAAGCGUUUUGUGCCAUGUCAAUAGCCACGAUAUUGAGUUUCUUUUUUGCUUGGAAAAUGGCAAUUGUUACUCUAUGUUCAAUACCCUUUGUUUUCACGGGAGUCUAUAUUGAAUCUUUGUUCCUAAGGGGAAAUCAUUACCAAAGCAGUCAAUCAAUGGAAAACGCGUCAAAAAUAGCCGCCGAAGUCAUUGAAAAUAUUAAAGUCGUUGCAAGUUUUGGUAAGGAAUCUUAUUUUAUUGAAAAAUAUACGCAAGUAAUCGAAGAAGAAAAGAGAAGGAUUUAUAAAAAGGCAUUUGUUAGAGGUUUUGCUUUUGCCAUCGGUCAAACUGCACCUUUAUUCGGUUACGCAAUAUCAUUGUGGUACGGUGGAUAUUUAGUCGCAAACGAAUCCCUUUUAUACAAAUAUGUUAUUUCGGUGUCGGAAAUGUUAAUUUUUGGUGCUUGGACUCUUGGACAAUGUGUCGCUUACACGACGGGUUUUCAUUCGGCCAAAGAAGCAGCGGGUAGACUUCAGUAUUUAUAUUUAAAAAAACCCGAAAUAACAGAUGGAGAAGUAACCGUUUUCCCAAAUAUGAACGGCGAAGGUUCUUUAAAUUAUUCAAAGGUUAAUUUCUCUUAUCCAUCAAAACCCAAAGUUAGAGUCUUACGUAAUUUUAAUUUAACAUUGAAAGAUGGGACUUCGAUUGCUCUGAUGGGGCCGAGUGGUAGCGGAAAAUCAACUAUUGUUCAAUUACUAUUGCGAUUUUAUGAUCCCACUUCCGGAAAAAUAAUCAUAAAUGACAUAAACAUAUCCGAUUUUAAAUUGGAAACGUUAAGAUCCAAGCUUGCAUUAGUAUCUCAGGAACCUAUUUUGUUUGAUAGAACUGUUAAAGAAAAUAUAGAAUAUGGUGAUAAUUCAAGAGUUGUAACAAUGGAUGAAAUAAGGGAUGCAGCACAAGCUGCUAAUAUACAUGCUUUUAUAGAAUCACUACCGGAAGGUUACGAAACGAGAUUAGGAACGGGAGGAACUCAGAUAUCCGGAGGGCAAAAGCAAAGAAUAGCAAUCGCGAGAGCUUUAAUACGAAAUCCCCAAAUAUUAAUAUUAGAUGAAGCCACAUCGGCACUCGAUCCUCAAAACGAAAGCGCCGUACAAGGAGCUUUGGAUGUAGCAUCCACCGGUCGAACGACAAUAAUAGUAGCACACAGAUUAGGAGCCGUACAAAAUGCGGAUAUAAUUUGCGUUUUGGAAAGGGGUACGAUUAAGGAAAUGGGAAGUCACAAACAAUUGAUGGCAUCAAAAGGAAUUUAUUAUUCAAUGCAUUAA